GCCCAUGACGUCACUCCAGCCAGGGGCCGGGCGCGCCCGCGCUGGCGCGCGGCCAGGCUGACGUCACCCGGGGCAGCGGCCACGCCCCUCCAUUGACACCACGUGACGCGGCCCCAUUGAGAAAACGCCGUCCCGCCGGCGCGGCCCCGAUAUAAGGGCGGGAGCGGCCGAGCGCGGCCGGGACACCGGGACACGCGGGGACAGCGGCACCUCCGCGCUCUGCCCUGCCCUCACCGCCCUCCCUCCGCUGCCCAGCCAUGGUGAACCUGCGGGUGUGCGCGCUGGACUGCGAGGCUCUGCGCGGGCUGCUGCAGGAGCGCGCCUCGCAGUGCCUCGUCCUCGACUGCCGCUCCUUCUUCUCCUUCAACGCCGCGCACAUCCGCGGCUCCUGCAACGUCCGCCUGAGCACCAUCGUGCGGCGCCGCGCCAAGGGCGCCCUGGCCCUGGAGCACGUCGUGCCCAACGAGGAGCUCCGCGCCCGCCUGCGCCAGGGGCUCUUCCACAGCGUGGUGCUGCUGGACGAGCGCAGCGCCGACCUGGAGGCGCCCAAGCGCGACAGCACCGUGCUGCUGGCGCUCGGCACCCUCUGCAGGGAAGCCCGCGGUGCCCGCAUCUGCUUCCUCAAGGGAGGUUACGAAGCUUUUUCCUCCGCCUGCUCCGAGCUGUGCACCAAGCCGGCCGCUCCUGCCGGGCUCAGCCUGCCCCUGAGCGCCAGCCCCGCGCCCGGCAGCGCCGAUUCGGGCUGCAGCUCCUGCGGGACCCCGCUCUACGACCAGGGCGGGCCCGUGGAAAUCCUGCCGUUCCUGUACUUGGGAAGCGCCUAUCACGCCUCCCGCAAGGACAUGCUGGACGCUUUGGGCAUCACUGCGCUCAUCAAUGUCUCGGCCAACUGCCCCAACCACUUCGAAGGGCACUACCAGUAUAAAAGUAUCCCCGUGGAGGACAACCACAAGGCAGAUAUCAGCUCCUGGUUCAACGAGGCGAUCGAUUUCAUCGACUCUGUGAAGAAAGAGGGAGGAAGGGUCUUUGUGCACUGCCAGGCUGGCAUUUCCCGCUCGGCCACCAUCUGCCUCGCUUACCUCAUGAGGACCAACAGAGUCAAACUGGACGAAGCCUUCGAGUUUGUCAAGCAGAGGAGAAGCAUCAUCUCCCCGAAUUUCAGCUUCAUGGGGCAGCUGCUGCAGUUUGAGUCGCAGGUCCUUGCCCCCAACUGCUCGGCAGAGGCCGGGAGCCCCGCCAUGGCAGUGUUGGACAGAGGGGCAUCCACCACCACCGUCUUCAACUUCCCCGUCUCCAUCCCGGUUCACACCACGUCCAGUGCUUUAAACUACCUUCAGAGCCCCAUCACUACUUCCCCCAGCUGCUGAAGGAGCAGCUGAAGAACGUGGCCAGGACUCAGACUUGCUGUCUCAGAAGUGCAAUAACUACAGGGACAGUGGCCCUUGUGUUUUGUGGGGAGUCAUUCGUGUGUCCCAGGGAGGUGUCAGUGGAGAGGAGCUCACCCAAAGCCAGAGAAACCAGGUGUUUCUGCCUUCUCAAGCAAAUGUCUGGAUGUCUGCACAGAGAUCAAAGGACACUGGCUCUUCCUGAGCUGUCCCUCCUUGUUUUCUGUCUGUCCUAAGCCUGCUCCAUGUUUAGUAGCAUGCUCACCAGUAUUCCCAUUCCUGGACACUUUAAGCAACACUGAUGCUGUCUCCUUUUGUAUGACAGUCCUAUUUAUUUAUUUUUACAUUAGUGCGUUGUUGUUGGGUUUUUUGUUGUUUUUUUUUCCUUCACAAACUUAAAGUUUCAUUUCUAGAGAAACCAAAUACCUCAGUAUUUUUUGGUACUAUAAUCCUGUGUGUGUAUAUCUGUCAGCUCUUCUUGUUUCCCAAGCACUGACAUGAAAGCACCAGGCGAGUGCUUUUUUUUGAGUUGCCAAGGGUUGUAUGUUUGCUGGUUUAUUUAUGAUGUGAAAUAAUAUAUUUCUUCUUAUGAAGACAUAGUUUUGUUACAUGAUUAUAACUUUUUUUAUACAAAUGGAAUAAAUUAUGAUAUUUCUUUUCA